AUGGCCAAUGCUCCAGAUACAACCUCGAUUGCGGGGUAUACGAUAUUCCGUGACGAUGAUUAUGACUCUGUUGCUGCCGUUUCUAUGAUGCCCAGAGGCGUUCCUCAUCCGCUUGACCAGCUGUCCAUCAAGGAGAUCCCGGCCGCGGCCCAGCUCAUGCGCGAAUAUGCCAGCCCGAAGACACUCAAGUUCAACUGCAUUACCCUCCUCGAGCCCAAGAAGAAUGAAUACCACGCCUUCCGUCAGGGCCUGGCCCCGCGUCCCGAUCGUUGUGCCUUCGCCAUUGUCAUCGAGAGGGAGACCCAGCAGGUGUCCGAGGUGGUGGCCAACUUGACCACCGAGAAGGUCGAGCAGUGGAAGAACGUCAAGGACGUCGCGCCAACCCUGACUCUGGAGGAUCUCGAUGUCAUGGAGCGCGUGGCCCGGGACGACCCUCGCGUGGUGCGCGCCUGCAAGGAGAUCGGCAUCACCGACAUGUCCAAGAUCUUCCUGGACGCCUGGGCCAUCGGCGUGGACGAGCGCUGGGGCUUCGAGCGCCGCCUGCAGCAGGGGCUGGCGUACUACCGCGCCUCUGAGUUCGACAACCAGUACGCGCACCCGCUGGACUUCUCCGUCGUGGUCGACACGGAGACGGAGGAGGUCCUCGCCGUGGACGUCCGCUACGUCAACGGCGAGCGCACGGCCCCGGCCCUCGCAGAGCACAACUACCUCCCCCAGUUCAUUGGCGACCAGUACAAGCACGACCGGUUAAAACCCAUCGACAUCACGCAGCCCCAGGGCGUCUCCUUCCGCGUCAAGGGCAACGAGCUCUCCUGGGCCGGGUACAAGAUGCACAUCGGCUUCAACUACCGCGAGGGCAUCGUCAUCUCGGACGUGCGCGCGCACGACCCCUACGAGGACCGCGAGCGCACGCUCUUCAACCGCAUCAGCGUCGUCGAGAUGGUCGUCCCCUACGGCUGCCCUGAGAAGCCGCACCACAAGAAGCACGCCUUCGACGUCGGCGAGUACGGCACGGGGCUCAUGACCAACUCGCUGAAGCUGGGAUGCGACUGCAAGGGCGUCAUCCACUACAUGGACGGCGUGAUGGCGACCUCCUCCGGCGAAGCGGCCGUCGUCAAGAACGCCAUCUGCAUCCACGAGGAAGACAAUGGCCUCCUCUACAAGCACACCGACUUCCGCGACGGCACGGUCAUCUCCGCGCGCGACCGCAAGCUCAUCGUCUCGCAGAUCAUCACCGCCGCCAACUACGAAUACGGCUUCUACCACACCUUCACCCUCGACGGCACCUACAAGCUCGAAGUCAAACUCACAGGCAUGCUCAACACCUACUGCCUGCACCCAUCCGAAGAAGCCGCCCCCUACGGCACAGAAGUCGCGCCCCGCGUAACAGCCCACAACCACCAACACAUCUUCUCCCUGCGCAUCGACCCCGAGAUCGACGGGCGCAACAACACCGUCGUCGAAUCCGACGCCGUCCCCUCCCCCGCCCCCGUCGGCUCCCCCGAGAACCCCUACGGCAACGGCUUCCUGGCCCGCAAGAAGCCCCUCCGCACUGCCCUCGAAGGCGCCACAGACUACAACCACGAGACCCAGCGCGGCUGGGAAAUCAUCAACCCCAACCGGCACCACCCCACAGCCAAGAAACCCGUCGGCUACAAAAUCGUCAACAACAGCUGCCCGCCGCUCCUCGCCCAACCCGGCAGCACAGUCUCCAACCGCGCCGCCUUCGCGCGCCACUCCCUCUGGGUCGUGCCCUACAGGGACUACGAGCUCUUCCCCGCAGGCGACUACGUCUGCCAGUCGACCGGCGAGACGAACCACCCGCACAACAAGGGCAUCCUCGACUGGGCGGGCCGCGACGAGAGCAUCGAGAACACCGACAUCGUCUGCUAUCUGCAGUUCGGGCUGACGCAUUUCCCGCGCGCCGAGGACUUCCCCGUUAUGCCGGCUGAGCCGGUGAGUAUUAUGCUGCGGGCGUCGAACUUUUACUUGAAGAAUCCGGCGCUGUGGGUGCCGCCUUCGGCGAUCUGUGUGGAUUCGCAGUCGAGGAAUGCGUUUUCGACGGCUUGUUGUGCGGGGGGCAAGGGAGAUCCGUCGAGGUUAUAA